GUAGUGGGUAAGAGUCAUUCAUAAACGCCAAACCAACUAUCUGUCUAUGCAAGGCUAACUACCAUUAUUCAUUAUUCAUUUAUUUUUCCUUGUUUUCUUGAUCAUAUUACCACCCGGUGCGUGGCGUAUCUGCCACAGAGGGUUUGUGCAAUUAAAUAAGGCAUCAUCACCAUCAUCAUCGUCACCAGCAAACCAACCAACCAACCAAUUGACCAUUCCAUCUCGCGAGCGGUCAAGGGAUCAAGACCAUGGACGACCCAUCCGCUGGCGGCCUUGACAUCGGCGGAUCACUCGGUGGUGUCGGGGAAGGAGCGGGCGGCUCUGCUGGAGCUGGUCUAAACCCCUAUGGCUUCAACCCCAUCCAGGAUAUGUGCAACCUUGCCAUAAUGAUGUGCUUAUGCUGCUGCUGUUGCGUCGUAUUCGUCGUGUUCGCCAUCGCCUCCCUCUUUGGCUUGGUCAACCACACGACGCCUACGCCCGCCGACAUCGUGUUCGAGAACUGGGCCGUCGUUUGCGACGCGCCGCAUUGCGCAGACGUCGUCAAAGAUAUCUUCGACAAGGACGGCGCAAUCGGAGACGCCGCCGUGGCCGCGUUGCUGUGCAUGGCCGUCACCGCACCGCAUCUCACGGGCAUCGGCGGUGGUCUAAUGGCCGUAUUUUAUGACAAGUCCACGAGGAAGGUUCAAGCCUUGGACGCCCUGGGAGUGUCUCCGGCAAGCGUCACACCGGAUAUGUUUUCAACCAACGCGUCGGCGUUGAAACUCGGUGCCAAUGCUCCAAUCGUGCCGGGAGCGCUGGCAGGAUUGAAGGCUCUGCACACCAAGGUAGGGAAGCUUCCCUGGAAGGACCUGUUCCAGCCAGCCAUUCGCUUGGCCAAGGAGGGCUUCACCAUCGGAUCGCACCUUGCCGCCGCCCUGGCGAACAAUGAGAACGUAGUGAACGUGUCGCCUGCCCUCAGGAAGCGAUUCUCAAACAGCGUCAGCGGCUCUCUGCUACGCAGCGGGGACACGCUCGUUCAGACGCAGCUCGCCGAAUUGCUGACGAAGCUGGCCGAAAAGGGGCCGGAGUACCUUUACGAAAAGGAGCUCGCCGAUGAGAUAGAAAGAGACAUUACGAACGCAGGCGGAUCUCUCAAGAAAAGCGACCUGUCGGGAUACCAACCCGUCUGGCAGGAUGCGCUCUCUUCCAAGAUUGGGGGUGAACAGCACAUACACUCCGCUCCCAUUCCGGGCGCCGGCGUUGUUCUAGCCGUGGCCGUUCACAAGAUAAACGUGGCCGUGAUGUCCCUUGAAGAUAUUUCGACAAAGAACUCAGAUCCCACCAUGUCUCCUGCCAGGAUACACCAUUUCGUGGAGGCCCUGAAGUUUGCCUUGGCCAAGCGGCCGGAGCUUGGAGACGAUAAAAGCGUCAAAGACAGGCAGACCAACAUAGUGGCCGAAGUGCUCGGAUUCGCUGCGCAAAAUUACGAUAAGAAGCGGCCCCUGGCAUCGCCACAAGAUUACGGCAUCAAGUACGCCCCCUACGAGGACUUGGGCGGUGCGCAGCUGACUAUCGUGGCGCCCACCGGCGACGCUAUGUCUGUCACGUCCGGGCUCAACGGAAUCUUCGGGAGUGGGUUCGAGUCCGCGUCCGGACUCCUCCUCAACAAUUACAUGGACGCCUUCGCCAAGCCUGGAAAGCAGUUCAACCUGGACCCAUCGCCGGCGAACCAGUUGGGUCCCGGCAAGCGGCCCAUGACCUCCAUGGUCCCCAGCGUUAUCACUAAGUCUGCCGCGCCAUCCGAGCUGGUGGGCGCCUUCGGCGGCAGCGGAGGCCUCCCGGCUAUCUCUGCAGUGGCGCAGCUGAUUACGUGCGCUCGCAAGUACGCGCUGCCUCGCUGCGUGUGGAAUGACACCCGUGUGCAGCCCACCUUUCGGUCUACUACGCCAAACUUGGUGUUUGCCGAGCCCAAGACAAAUCACUUCGACCCGGCAUCUCUGCUUCGCAAGCUGGGUGACAGCGUUAUGGAGAAGACCAUCAUGUCUGCAGCCACGGGCAUCAUCGUCACAAAGGGCGGCGCUUUCCUGGCGCCCAACGACAUGAACCAUGUUGAUGGCAGCCGCGCGGGCGCAUGAGCGAAAUCAAAUCGCUCCGACGACUACGACGGAAGAAGAGGAAAAAAAAUUGUUCUCUUUUGUCUCAUUGGAAAGCAGCCACUCAUUGAGACGGGAACCCUUCUCAGAGCUGUCGUGUAUGUAACGAGCUUUCGGACUACUAGCACCCGUAUUCACAGACGGGUUGGUCUAAUCAGUCCUGCGGUAAUCCGCAAAUUGAGGAAGCUUGCUGAAAAGGAACAUUAUCUUUCACCCCACAAUAGCACGGCGAAAAUUUAUGGGGGUUUCCUAGAAAGAAAGCGCCGAAGUUGAAGGAAAUUAGUCCUGCUCCGGGGAUCGACCCUUGACGAAAUCUGUAUACCAGGCUUGUAGCUCUACCAUCUGAGCUUACCAGGAAGUCUAAGUUAUUGUUUCACAAGGUAUCGAUUACCGGGUCUCAAUUAUUAUGCGCCGUUAUGUGGCAGAGAAGCGAUGCGGUUUAAAUUUUAGGUGUCCAUAGAAACCUUAACAGCAGUUGAUAGUACCCAAUGCAAGCUAAUUUAUAUUUGCACUUCGCAAUGCUUCUAAAUCAAAUACUUCGUCUACGACUGGAUCCAGUUAAUAUUGUAACGUGAAAGAGCAGUAGCGCAACCAUUCCAGGGCGUAUUUACAAGGAUAGCGUGCACUGGCCAACAUGGAAGCCAGCCAACAUCAAGGAAGGCGCGUCGUCGUCAUCAGAUAAGCAGCAUUAGCACCCGUAUUCACAAACGGAUUGGUCAAACGAGCCACUAAUUAGAACAAUCAAGAUUUGUAAACCCCACCCCUUGUGUAAUACCCCCAGUGAGGGCUCUUUAAGGAAAUAAAAGUGAACUGAAGUGAAGUGAAAUGGCUGCUAGUGGGUACAACCCACUAAAUUCAAGGGUCAACAUCAAUGUCUUCUAGUAGGACGUAGCAUGACCCCCGGUGGCAGAAGAGCCGGUCCGGCGCCACUAAGGACCGACAGCAGAGGAAUGGUGGUAAUGCUUCAGUCUCGAAACUGACGACAUCGCUGGACAAAGGAACGGAACAUGUAGUAGAACUGGCGGACACAGUCUCGUACGUGAC